AAGAAGCAGUCCAAGUGGACAGGCGAUGAAGACCGAGCAAUUAUUGAGCUCCGUGGAAAUGGGAUGAAGUGGGAGGACAUCUCGAAGCAUCUUCCAGGACGUAGUGCCAUCAGCUGUCGUCUGCGAUUCCAGAACUACCUGGAGCGACGCUCAGAGUGGGACGAAGAGAAGAAGAACAAGCUCGCACGUCUUUACGAGAGAUUCAAGAAGGACAUGUGGGAGAAGAUCUCAAAGGAGAUGCAACUACCAUGGCGAGCGGCCGAAGCGAUGCACUGGCAAAUCGGCGAGAUCGAAAUGGCACAGCGUGCGAACGUCCCUGUUUUC